AUGGUAAUUCCCCUGUAUGGGCGUGGAGGUGAUAAUACCGAUCCUCGCGAAAAAGUGCCUCCUCGUCCUCGUGGCCAACGGACUGAAGCGCCACAGCAGGGUUUUCCCGGAUUCCAAUGGGGAGAUGGCGGACCCGGCGGUGGUGUACAAUUUUCGCUCGGCAUUGGCUAUUUUAAGCAGGGUUUUCCCGGAUUCCAGUGGGGAGAUGGCGGACCCGGCGGUGGUGUACAAUUCUCGCUCGGCAUUGGUAGGUUUUGUUUUGGUCAUAUUGUCAUGAGUAUCAUCUUUUUGUAAUU